AUGACGAUCCAGUAUUUGCCCCUCGAAAUACUCCAGAAUAUUAUUUACAAACAAUUGCGCCAGCUGCUGGCACUGCCCAGUGAAUACCAGCAAAACUUGGCCUCCUUGGCUGCCACAUCGAAUUGCUUGCACCAGUUGGCCAAUGCACAGUUGUACCAAAAGAUUACAAUUUAUGACGAUGACAAUUGCAAUGUCAUUUCUACUAAAGAAUCCACCAUUCGAACAUAUAUCCAUAUCAAGCAUUUGUCCACAUUUGUCUACAAUCUAACCGUCGACAAUUUUCUCAAGAUUCAGUCCAUCCAUAUCCACUGUAAAUCAAACUUUAACAAGUUUGAAUACACUGCAUUGUACAAUAAGUUGCUGCACUUUUGGAACAUUACUCAACACUGCAUUGAAUUGAUCAACUUUGACAUUGACAAUAUUCGGAAAAAUCAAACCAUUUUACAACACUUGGCCAAGAAUAGCUACGAAGUGAUGGAGGAAAAUGACGAAGUUGUUGGUAACCAGUUUAACGGAAACAAGAUUACCAAUUUGCUGAAUUGGUCGAUUUUGCACGUGCAAGAGUUGUCGCAAUUGGCUACUGUUGUGCACCCCAAUUUGAAAACAUUGGACUUUUUCAUUGAGGCCAUCUUGGGCGACGAAGAUGUACCUAGAGAGCAAACUAUUUGCUUGCCCCAACUAGAGCAAUUGAAUUUGAAUACCACAUUGUCUACACAGUGCUUUCUCCAAUUGAAGUUGCAAAUGCCAAGUUUGAAGAAGGCUUCGAUUUCAUACUCGCACUCGUUUAAUAAACCCCCACUAAAUUUUGAUGAUUUUCACAUGAUUAACUUUGACGAGUUGACUGAUUUGGAGUUGAAGUUUAACUGUUUGCACUCUGACUGCACCUGCAUUAAUAACUUUUACCACGCAUUAUCACACCAACAUAGGAGCAAUCACAAUACUUUGCAGAAUUUGACGAGGUUAAAGAAACUCACUAUUGUUAACCACAAUUCCAAAAAUCAAGUUAGUAAUUUACAACAAUAUGCCGGACUUGUAUCGAACCAGCUCAAUGCAUUGUUUAACAAGUUUUCCAAAUUGGAGUACCUCUAUAUCAACCUCAAUGAGUUUAUCAAGAAUGACCAAUGCAAAAUCAACUGGACCAAUUUUAGUGACCUGAUUCAGUUGCUUUCUCAACUUGAAACAUUGAUUAUCCCUGACUUUUUUAAAUGGUGGAUUCCAACUAUUCAACUCAUUAGACACCCAUUUAUCAAUACUUGCGCUUGCCUGGAGUGCAAUGAGAUUAGACGCCAUUUUUUGCAAAUGGCACAGUAUGAUGAACAGAAUAAUUUUACACACAAUUUUACCAAUUUUCAAUUUGAACCCCAGGGCGAGAAUACGAAUCAAUUGGUUAAUAUUGACUUGGUGAAGAAGUGCAAUAGCAAGUUUCUCUCACAUGUCUUUAAUGCAUUCCAAUCACAAUUUCAUCAGCUGAUUAUCUAUUCUAUGUCUACACAAUAUUUUAGAAAUAAAUAUGAAAAUACACAUGAAGGUGGUGGUGCUAAUGAUGAUAAUGUCUUGGCUCAAUUUCAAACAUUGUUGAGACACAAUCACUUGAAGAAGUUGGCUGAGGAAUUGAAGGGAGAGCAUAACAAUUUAACAGUCAACUGUGGCGGUGUAUUGAUUUAA